UAAACUUCUGUUCGCAAAGGAUAUCCGCAUCGGGAGCAGCCAUAAAUCAUAUUUAAAACGGACUAACACAUUAAUUCAAGCGAUCUCGGAUUCAAAUGCAAUUGAGCUUAAGUCGCAUCCGGAGAAUGUGUGAAGAGCUGCCCCCAUCUGCCUAAGCAUGAAUCGCUAUAUCACGCUGACCCAACUGGGCGAUGGAACCUAUGGUACCGUGGUCCUGGGACAGCGCAAGGACACUGGUGAAAAGGUGGCCAUUAAGCGCAUGAAGCGCAAAUACUACUCCUGGGAAGAGGCAAUGAAUCUGCGUGAGGUCAAGUCUCUGAAAAAACUUUCUCAUCCGAACAUUGUAAAGUUGAAGGAGGUGAUUCGGGAGAAUGAUACCCUCUACUUUGUAUUUGAGUAUAUGAAGGAGAAUCUCUACCAGAUGAUCAAGGAUCGGGAUACACACCUGCCCGAGCCGGAGCUUAAAAGUAUUCUCUUCCAGGUUUUGACUGGUCUGGCCUUCAUGCAUCGCCACGGCUUUUUUCACCGCGACCUUAAGCCUGAAAACUUGCUGUGCUCUGGCCCGGAGCUCAUAAAAAUAGCCGACUUCGGGCUUGCCAGGGAAAUUAGAUCAAGGCCCCCAUUCACGGACUACGUCUCGACGCGAUGGUACCGGGCACCAGAGGUACUCCUGCACUCCACCAACUACGGCAGCACAAUUGACCUCUGGGCCAUGGGUUGCAUCAUGGCCGAGCUUUACACCUUUCGUCCUCUCUUCCCUGGCAGCAGCGAGGUGGAUCAGCUCUUCAAGAUUUGCUCCGUGCUGGGCACUCCAGAGAAGGGUGAUUGGCCGGAUGGUUAUCGCCUGGCUAGCAUGAUCCACUUCCGUUAUCCUGACUGCAUCAAAGUGCCACUAAGCAGCGUCGUCAGCCGCUGCAGCCAAAAUGGAUUGGAUCUGUUGGAGGAUCUACUUGCCUACGAUCCCGACAAACGUCCGACGGCUCAACAGAGUCUUAAGUAUCCGUAUUUCCACGCCCUCAAGCGAAUCUCGCCCACAGCGGCCACCAAGGCGAAUGUGAGGCUCAACUCUAAAUAUGCGGCGUCCAAUGGCCAUCCGGUUCAGGCUGUCUCCAACAACGUGCUUCCGGUACAAGAAAAGCUGCAGGCGGUCACAGAGUUGCUCCACCAGACUAACAAUAACAUCAAUAGCCACACCAAUCUUAGCAAGAACAACAACUUGACGGCCAAGAAUGGGGGCAUGCCGAGAAAGUAUCAACCGAAGCUGAGCUUUUUGACUACCAACGAGAUGGGUGCGGGUUCCCAGGCUGAUUCAUCUAGUCUGGGCGGAGCCACAGUAGAUGGAGUUCAGGUGCCACAGAUUCAGAACGGUGGAGAGUCCAUAAAUGACAUCUACCUAAACCGCAACAUAUCGCAGCUCUUCGGACUGCCAGCUGGUUCGCAGCAAUACCAACAGGCGCACCACCCGAAUGUCUCAUUCAGUACCACCACGUCCCGAAAUGCCGGCGCCAUCUACGUCAAUGGCAGUCAUCUUAGUUACGACACGGCCAACAUGAAUGCCAAGAACAAUGCCAAGAUUGUGGUGGGCGCAUCCAAUGGUGGUUACUAUGUGCCCGUGGCCAGGCCAUCACUUCUGGGCCCCGAGGCCAAAGUUUACAACGUCUUCUCCAAGGUCAGUGCCAGCCAGGCUCCACCCAGCCUCAUUGUACGACAGCCCCAACUGCAGCCGGAAAGCGGUCAGCCGCCUAUGCGACUCUCGGGAAGAUCGCGAGCUGCUGCCCAGGAACCCAAAUUAAGUGCACUAAAAUCGGAUGAUCUGGAUCUGAUAUUAGGUUCCAAGCUGAAAACCUCCGCCAAGCGUCAGCGCAAUGCCAAGGCCAAUAUUCUGCUGGAGGACCUCUUUGGACAGCUAUCCAUGGAUUCGGACAGCGAUGGAAAGUAUCCGCACACGGUGCCUCCAACGCAGCAGGCAAAGAGUGGGAAGACGUCGACUGGUGGCCCUCGAGAGCGGGAUCUUUUCGGGGAGAGCUUUCUGCCCAGGCCGGGAUUACGGAAGAAGGCCACCCAAAGCAGUCUAGAGGUGAACAAUGGCAGCCACGCGGACUCCCUUGAUAACUCCUCCUCGUCCUCCCCCUCAAUUGAUGAAGAAUGUCGCUUUUGGCCCAUAAGAGCUCCAAACACUCAAAAGGAGAAGCAUACAGUGGCUGCCAGUUUCCCCUGGGAUGAAUCGAACAAGACGGAGGAUGAGAAGCUUACGGCUUGGAUGGUAGCUGAGAAUGGUAACUUGGUUUUGGGUAGUCAUCAGCAAGCGUAGAAGUCGACAGCACUCCACUCCAAUUCACAACAAGUAGUUAGCAAACAUUAAAUUGGAACUAGCGAAUGGUAGAGUUAAUUAGAUGAGCACAAAUUGAAAUUUCUGGAUAUGGAGUUUCAAUAUAGCCACUAUCGUAUUCCCAGGAUCGCUGCUGGAAAAUAAAUUCUGAGGAGAUCGACUUGCGAAAUGCCGUUGUACCUGAAACAGAAUGGAGUAAAUUCAAGUGCCUGCUGGUCUGCAUAUUUUCGAACUGAGUCUAUAUCCAAAUCACCAAGCCAUGGAAUCAUCGA